AUGGUUUCUCCCCCGGACCUGAAUGUCAUCACACCUAUCCAGCAGGAGACCCUUAAUAAUAUAACGCUUGAUAGUGCAAAACAGAUCACUUCAGACAUCGUAGCUGAGCUGGGGAAAGUAGCGCCAGACAUCUGGGAUGCGGCACUUGUAUCAAAGGCUUCGGAUAUCCUGGCACAGCUAAUCAACACCAGUAAUCUGUUGUCACCAGAGACUCAGGUCAACGCUAGUGAUCUUCUGCUGACUCUCGGGGGGCAGCUGUCGGGCUCAUUGGAUGUUAAUACCUCCAGUCAGGUGGUGAUCGACGCAGCGCAGUCUCUAUUCAACACCUUUGAUAUCACAAUGAAGGCGUCUCUGGAGAACUCUGAGAACUUGACCUCUGAUCAGGUGAUUUGGAUCAUGGAUUCUUCAGUAUCAUCAAUGGAUUACGUAGAAGAUGCAUUGUUGUCCCUAAGAAACAAUUCUAUACAGAGUCACUCUUUUUCAUCCAACUUAUCCAGCAUGACGUUGACCAGGUGCAUCGUCCUGAUCCACUAUCUGGACGACAUCCUUGUCAAGGCUGCGACCUUUGGUCAGAGCGAGGACAGUUUACUCAUCACCCUGGCACAUUUCGGCUGGCUGGUGAACUUCCAGAAGAUCAAGAGGGAGGGCAUCCAGAUUAUUCUCAUCACCCUGGAUUGGCUGCGCCGAGCCUGGUACACCGAUCUGAUCCUUUACGCUCAGGGUCCCGGCUCCCACCAGCAUUUAGAAUCGCUACGGGCCUUUCUGGUGGUGGUCACCUCCAUCAGACGUCUGUUGGAAUUGGUGGCGCUCUCCUGUAGGGAGCCCUUUCUUAUUCUGCACCAAGAUAAGGCGCUGCUUCUCCCUGUGCCUUCCUUUCUUCUGAAGAAACCCUUUAAGAAAACCUUAGCCGAGAUGUACUUCCAUGUUUAUGGUAGAGUUGGGAGCAAAUCAACAUCUAACAUCUAUGUAGUGGUGUCUUCAAACCUGACCUCAGGAUCUUUCACCACUGACAGUCCAGCUGGCUGCAGAGUCACCUUCCCCACUUCUGCAAAUCUGCAAGAAAAACUUGCGCCCUAUGAGACGGUAACUGUAAUGCUCUUGGCUCUGUCUGUUAAUCCAUUUAGUCACCUGUGUCCUGUGGAAAUAGUGGGCCCUGUGGUUAACAUAAUUCUCGGGUCUGAUCAGGGUGGCAUUGACGUUGACAACAUACCAGAGUACAUUGAGAUCGUGUUGAUAAAAAACCAGAGCUCACCAUCUAAUGAAUCCCAGAUGUACCUGACCAAAGACAAGAACAUCAUCCUGACUGUAAAUGUCACCUCUGCCAACCAAUCUGUGGUCCUAAGAGUGGAGCCAGAACUUCCAAUACAGCUUAUCCUCUAUCUCGGAUUUGAGGAAAAACCCAACAGCAGCUUCUUCCUGCAGAACAUGUCCCUGCCGAACAGUGGUUUAUAUACCUGGGUAUUGACUCCAGAGUACUUUGUAAAUGGCACCGGUGUUUACUAUGUCUGUGUGACUUUGACUAAUGGAAGUAUAUGGGAGCACCGGACAAGUUUGGCUUAUUCUGUUAGCCUGUUCGCUGCACAGUGUGUUUACUGGGAAGAAAAUUUGAGAAUAUGGAAUGAUUAUGGCUGCUACGUUGGACCCAGAAGCACAGAGUCUGAGACCCACUGUCUGUGCAACCACCUGACCUUUUUUGCAAGUUCUUUCUUGGUCAUGCCACAUGUUGUGGAUCUCAGUGACACUCUUAUGCUCUUUGCAAAUGUGGCAAAUAACCCAGUUGGGCUGGCACUGCUCGCUAGCCUGAUAGGAUUCUUCCUGAUCGUGUUAUUUUGGGCCUGGAAAAAAGAUAAAGAGGAUCUUAAAAAGGUCAGGGUUGCCAUCCUUGCAGACAACGACCCUGCUUUUCACCAUAGAUAUAUGGUCAAAGUAUGCACCGGCUAUCGUAUGGGGUCUGGCACCACCUCACAGGUGGUCUUGACCCUAUAUGGUUCAGAAGGGCAGUCUGAUCCCCAUCUCCUAUCGGAUUCUGGGAAAGAAGUGUUCCACAAAGGAGCAGUCGAUGUUUUCCUCUUGAAGACACGGUAUCUGGGAGAGCUUCACAGCCUGAGACUUUGGCACAGUAACUCUGGAGUCAGUCCUUCUUGGUAUGUGCACCGUGUUACUGUGACUGAUUUGGCUGCUCAGAAGACGUGGUAUUUUCUUUGCGACUCUUGGCUUUCUGCCGACUUUGCUGAUUGCCAGAUGGAUCGAAUCUUUGCUUCUGCGUCUAAAGCCAACUUAAUGUCUCUGAGGUAUCUGCUUUUCUCAGGCACAGUUGAGAAAAUCUUGAAAGAUCACCUGUGGUUUUCUGUGUGGACUCGUUGCCCCUGGAGCCCAUUCACCCGAAUGCAGAGAAUCUGUUGCUGCAUGUGUCUCUUGUUCUGUGGCCUGGUCAUUAAUAUCAUGUUCUGGAACGAUCAUUCAGAUGAGGACUCACAGACAGGGAAGUUUUUUAUAACAUUCACUCAGAUUAAGAUCAGCUUCCAGUCCUCUGCCAUCCUGCUGCCUGUGAACCUUUUGAUUGUACAGAUGUUCCAGCUUAUCCAAGUACAAGUGAAACAGGUGACGCCAACUCUAAAUAAACUGCGUGUCUUCCGCCCUCCAAAACCACCAACCAAAGAGGCUGUGGCACAGCAGCUGCUUAAGGAUUUAAAAGGUAUUGUUGACUACCUACAGAAGUAUAUAAUCCAUGUUCUGGGUGAGAGUGCCGACGAUCUAACUUCUCCAAAAUCUGAUUCAGUGAUUGCUUAUAUAGAGACCUUGUCCCAUCUGGUAGAAUCUUAUAUUUGUGUUCCAGGAGAAAAUUCCCAGAGUAGCAAACAUGUGACUGUGAUCACCCCACAUCAGUGUCACUUCUUACAUUACUUCUACAACGUCUUGGAGAACCUCCAGUAUCAAGUCUCUUCGGUGGAUCUGAAUUAUGUUCCUAAACCUAUUGAUUACAUACAGGCCUCAAAUAUUCUCUUUAACCUAAAGGAACUUUUGCAAACCUUUAAUGUAUCUGGGGCACCUCUCCCAAGCAGCUUGACCACCAGUUUCCCUGUUACCACAAAUCAGAAAAGAUGUCAGAUGCCAAAAAUUUUUACCUUCUUGUGUUGGUUUUUCCUGUUUGCAAUCAGCUCUUUUUCUGCCUAUUACAUGGUGCUGAUUAGCCUGGACAUGACAAAAGACAAGGCCACCAGCUGGCUCAUUUCCAUUCUGCUCUCACUCUUACAGAGUAUCCUCUUGAUACCACCUAUUAAGGUUUUUGCACAGACUAUCUUCAUGUAUCGCAUCCUGAAGAGAAGCAAUAUUGAAGAUUCAUCUGAGGAGCAGCAGCUGUAUGGGAUUAUUGCCUUGCUGGUAAACCGUGCAGACUGGGAGCUCUCAGGCUUCAGGGACCCGUCCAAUCCAGUGUAUCAGGCACCAAAUAACAAGAGCAUUACCAGCUUGAAGAAACAGAGGGCAAUGGAGUCAAAACUUUACAAACUUACCCAUGAGAUUGUUGUGCACAUUAUUUUUCUGGUCACCACUAUGAUCAUGGUGUAUGCAGACAAAGGUCCAGAUGAGUAUAACCUGUACACAGCCAUUCAAAACAGCUUCUCAGACUUUAAUAACAUUAAGUCCAUACCAGACUUUUACAGAUGGUCACAAGGCACAUUGCUAUCAAACCUGUAUAGCCAAUAUGAAGGUUUCAUUACUGAUGGAAAUUGCUUCCUCCUGGGGAGCCCCCGUAUCCGACAGCAGCGGAGACCGUUUAACAGUGCAGGGAACCAGAAGCUAUACAACUUGGAGGAUAUGAGCAGCUAUGGGCCUGAGUGGAGCACAUUGGACGGCAGCAAUGAUUCAGCAGACAUGUGGGUGUACCACACAGAGGAUGAACUGGGAGCUCAUCCAGUCUGGACGCAGAUGGGCUACUACCUCGGAGGGGGUUAUGUGGUAGAGCUGGGCUUAAACAGAAGCUCUGCAGCCAGUGUGAUUACAGACAUAGAAACAAGCAAUUGGCUGGACAGCUACACCAAAGUGAUUUUUGUGGAGUUCAAUGUGUAUAAUGCCAAUAUAAACCUCUUCUGUCUUGUGAACUUUAUCUUGGAAACCACUAUGAUCGGAGGUUUAUACCCGUCGAGUGAAUUGCAAAUUAUGCGUCUGUAUCAGUCAACCGAAGGAAUCACAAGCGUAAAGUUUGUUAGUGAGAUGCUGUCCAUGGUGCUCUUUGUGUACAUCAUUAUAGUUCAGGUGAUACGUUUGAAGCAACAAAAAUGCUCCUAUUUUUGCCAGACAAGGAACCUGCUGGAUUUGGGCAUCAUUACCAUCUGCUCUGCCAUCACAGGGCUGUACAUUAAGCGUGCAUUACUGAGCCAACGGGAUGUAGCUCGUUACCAUAUGGAUCAUACACGAUUUGUCAGCUUCUAUGAGACUGGCACUCUGGACAGCGCCUAUAGUUAUUGUAUUGCCUUCUUGGUUGCACUACUAACCAUCAAACUCUGGCGUCUCCUCAACCUGAACCCAAAUCUGCACCUGAUAACAACGACGCUGCAGAAGGCUUGGAAUGAAAUCAGUGGCUUCCUUCUCACUAUCCUCAUCCUCCUGGUGGCUUACUCCAUUUCUUGCAAUUUACUUUUUGGCUGGUCUAUUACCAAUUACAGAACUGUUACAGACUCUGCAGUGACCAUUAUCAGCCUUUUAAUUGGCAUUUUUAAUUAUGAGGAGGUUAUCAGUCUGGACCCAGUCCUUGGCUCUUUGCUCAUCUUUACCUGCGUCAUCUUUCUUGCAUUUAUAGUUGUCAAUAUCUUAUUGUCCGCGCUACUGAAUGUCUUCUCCCGUGAGCGCAAGAAUCCAACGCCAUAUGAAGAAAAAGAAAUUGUGGACAUGCUCUCACUGAAGCUAUCGGGACUGCUCGGUGCACACAAAAAAGAGGAGCCGGAGGCAGCGAAAGAGAAACAGUCCUGAUCAAAUAUGGAAAACUUUAGUCUGAUUGUAAGUCAUUACAUAUUGAGAUAAAGAGCUGCUACGGUUCACCAA